AUGGUUCGGCACUACACCGUGUCCACGAACAAUCCGGUGGGUACCGCCAAGAUGGCUCCCGAGGGUGACAAGACCGCCGAGGUGGACCCACAGCUCCAAGUGUACGGCGUCAAUGGGCUCCGGGUGGUGGACGCGUCCAUCAUGCCCACGUUGAUCGCCGCCAACACCAACGCGCCGGUCAUAAUGAUAGCGGAGAAGGCCGCGGAUAUGAUCAAGGCUACAUGGCGUAAUGAUAAACCGUCCCGUUUCUAUGACUGUAUGACAGCGGGAAUAGCGAAGAUAUUAUACUAA